AUGCCACACGCUCCACCACCAAUACUCAAUCCCUACCGUCCACCUGUCCAAUUAUUCAACGGCCCAAUCCAUACCUCUAUAUAUCUUCGCUUUCUCCCCGUCUUCUCUGCCACACAACCAAUCCUCUCCGCCUCUCCAACCUUUACCUCUCACCAUUUUCUCACAGAAAAUCACAAUCCGUUUUCACGCGAAGCUAUGGCGCUCAAGAUUUCUCCGGCCUUUUCCUCCAUCCUGGCCUCUCGUGGCGGGGACAACAGUCUGUUUCCCUCUGUUUCUGCCGCCCCGCCGUCUGUUCUCCGCCUGAAGCCUACUGGUUCCGCGCCGUCGUCGGUGGUCUGCAGAGCGGCGAACGACAAACCUCUGACAGGGGUCGUAUUUCAGCCCUUCGAAGAGGUGAAAAAAGAGCUCGAUCUAGUGCCGACAUCUCCGAACGCCUCUCUGGCGAGGCACAAGUUUGUUGAUGCGUGCGAGGCUGCAAUCAACGAACAGAUCAAUGUGGAAUACAACGUCUCCUAUGUCUACCAUGCCAUGUAUGCCUAUUUUGACAGAGACAAUGUCGCUCUCAAGGGCUUGGCCAAGUUCUUCAAGGAAUCAAGUGAAGAGGAAAGGGAACAUGCUGAGAAAUUGAUGGAGUACCAGAACAAACGUGGUGGGAAAGUGAAGCUGCAAUCCAUUUUGAUGCCCCUCUCCGAGUUCGACCAUGCUGAGAAAGGCGAUGCUCUUUAUGGUACUUUCCUCGUUGUUUAUUUCAACCUUGGGUUCAAGUGUGAAGAAGCUGUUCAAUUUAUGCUUUGAUUCCUUAGAAUUGUGGAGAAAAGUUGAAAACUUUUGAACAUAUAACUAGUGGUUUAGGUGUGAAAGAAAUGAACUUCGCAUCACUGUAGCUGUAACCAGUUACCGUGAGCUGGCUGGAAUGUAUGAACUCAUUGUGUUUUUAAUCUUCUUUUCUGUAAUGCAGCAAUGGAACUUGCCCUGUCUCUGGAGAAACUAACAAACGAGAAGCUCCUGAAUUUGCACAGCGUUGCUGAAAGUUCAAAUGAUGUGCAACUGACUGAUUUUGUUGAAGGCGAGUUCUUGGCUGAGCAGGUUGAGUCGAUCAAGCAGAUCUCGGAGUAUGUUGCCCAACUGAGGAGGAUUGGGAAGGGACAUGGUAUGCUUCCUAACAAACAUCUUCGUCAUUGCUUUCUAUAAUUCCCCAUAGACAUAUUGGUACAUUGAACUCACUUUCUGGCGGGUUUUUGUUGAUGAACAGGUGUAUGGCACUUCAACCAGAUGCUUCUCAAAGAGGGAGCUGCUGCAUGAUGAGCAACGCUGGCUAUCUCUUCUUGACAAGGGCUGUUUGAGAUCAAUCGUGAUUAGGGAUUUCGUCCUCCCACCUUUUAUUUUGGUUUUGUGAGGUUUUUUGGAAGUUGUAGAGAUCAGAACAAGCUAUGGUUGUUGAACUUGGAAGAUAGGAAGUUUGUUUGCAGGUGGUGGAUGAAUGGUAUGAAAUGGUGGACGAUUGAUCAUUUUGAGUAUGCAUUUGCCGAAGAAAAGAUUAGUUUUGACAGAAGAAUUGGAACGAGAACAAAAUGGGAGGGUAGCAAAGUCAACUUACCUCUCGCCAACCAUUUCUUCUGUCAAGUGGAUUAAUACAAAUGAGUCAGGUCCAAUGAAGGUUAAAGAAAAGAUAUCAUAGAUGUGAAAGCUCACAAGUCACAACCCAAAGCACACAAAGCCACAACUCACAAACAUACACAAUAUCCAGAUUUUGCAGCAACUAACACCCAAGCCAACCCAAGAGGCAAUUGAUCUUCAUACGCUAAAUCACCAUCUUUAAUCACUACAACAACAAAAGAAGACACCACACCAUCUUUAAUUAGUUAUCUGGAAUCAAAGCAGAGUUUCCAAGGAGAAGAAGAAACCUACAUUAUGAACAAAUCGACAUAGAGAUCGACUUCAAACCAAGAGAGAAAUCAUUGGUUCCAAACGACCAACU